AUGUCGGUGGCGCCUUAUUGGGGUCAUCUGCCGGCCUCCAAGAACCGUCGCGCAUCCGCAUCCGACCAAUACAAUGAGCCUGACGAUCCAGGACAGUCCCUAGACCAGCCCAAGCGGAACCGUGUCUCUGUCCAGACUACGCACACCGAUGCGCCCGCCGAGUCGACAAGUAGUCCACUCGCCUCGCCCUUAGUAGUUAGCUUCAACGGGGCUGGACUGGCCCCGCGACCGCCUGAGCUCCCUUACGGCCAGAAUCCUCUCCCGCCUGAGCUGGUGGACAGGCGCAAGAGACGUAGCGCUCGAAAUCGGGAAGCCCUCGCCCAAGAAGCUGCGCGCGCAACCCCUCCUGCUGCGCCUGAAAUACCGAGAGCUCCUCCGGUCAGCUAUAAACCGUCGCACGGAAACGGCGAUUCUGCAUACACCUACAACGCCUCUGGUCAACCCGGGCCCCCAGCCUCGGCCCACCGAUCCAUCGCCCAAGCCCGAGCUGGCGAGAUGGACCCCGACGCUCUGCACAAGGAUGCCCUUCCCACGUCUGAGAGACAGCACAGAGCUGCCGUGCUAGACCGAUCGUUACAGCGCUUCGAUGAUGACUCGGGAGCCGGGCGCCUAGUUCAGGCCUCGGAUCAUGAUCUGGGCAGAGACGUCCACAGAACCAAUUCCACGAGGUGGCCGACUAAUGGGGAUCGCCGGGAUAGAGGGCCCGUUCCCGAUGCUUCGACCCGGGUGCGGAGGCAAUCGCUGGGAACGGAGGCACAGCGCAAAAAGUGGGCGGACGAUCGGUCUCCGCUGCAGAAGCUUGAGCUGACGCUCGACAGCAUCACCAAAGAAGAAAAGCGAGCUCGAGUCGAGGCCGCCGAACGACGUGCCAGAGAACGGGCCGAAGCGACUGCCGCAGCGAAUGCACCGCGCCCCCAUGAAGACCGCAGUCAGCAUCAACCAGAUCGCUCAACUGGUCCUCAGGUUCGAUUUUGCGAUCGAGGCGCCUCCACAAGUCAGGAUGAAAGGCGACGUCCAGUUGCCACUGAUCCGAUCGAGGCCCAGCCGCCAGAGGCCAUUUCCAAAGACCCUUCGUCUAACCAUCCGACAGAAGAGGACAGAUAUGGAGCUUCUGGCCAGCCGCUGAGGUCUCAAGUACCCGUUGCUAGGAGUCGGGAUCCAGAUCCGGCUCCGUUGGUGACAUCGGGCUUGCCCCAGCGGAAUCUCAGCUUCCGUGACAGGGCGGCCAAGACCGAUUUGAAGACCCCUCCGGCUCCAGAUGACUCUCCAGUGACGACGCCUAGCGGUGGCAUAUCAUUGACUCGUAAUGGCAGCAACAAGCUUAGGAAGAAUCCACCUGGAGACCCGUGGUAUAGCACGCGGAGGGAUAUUGAACAGAAGUUUCCGGCUGUUACCCCACGCGGUCAGGAAAGGGAGGAGCCGCACAGCGCCAGCAGCACUUGGAAAAUUCGGUCUGGUGAAUCGGUCAAAAAGAGUGCUAACAAACCACCAACAACUGGCAACACAUUCGAAGACUACGAGGAUUUUGAUCAUACGCCAAGUCAAAGCAGGAGUCUAGGAGCAGCCACAGGUCUGGGGCGAUCAGCAUCUAUGGGACCUAGCACCCGUCCGCUUCCUGAGCCGCCCACAAGAAUCGGACCAGCUCGGCCAGCUGGAAACGGCGUCAAGCGUGUUGCAUUCCCUGCUUCUCCACCCACGGGCCACGAACCUGUCGAUUACGACUCGGAUUCAAGUCGCCACGAUCACCACCAUUUUAGAGAGUUCAUUCAUAGGGACAAAGCAUACUCCGGCCAAGGCAUGUACACGGCACCCAAGUAUUUGGAUGAGUGGAAGAAAGGGACUGUGGGGACACUGUGCGGCGCUCUGCUGGAUGUCACGGCUGACGUACCCGCGCCUCCCGAAGGGGAUCUUGAUAAGGACAUGCCUUGGUGGGAGGGUGUUGGCAAGAGAAACAGCUUGUCUUCGCGGCCAAAGAAAGCGGAAGCUUUUGAUGGCGAAUAUGACGAAACACAGGCCCCCACCAGAUUCAAACCCCCGUUGUACCUCAAGUGCGGCCCUCUGUUGAGAUACUGCGGAAUCCGUCACGAAAAGGGUCCCUUGCGAUCAAAUCGCAGUGGUCCGAUCGGAGAGAAAGAGAUCUGGAGGGGAACAGUAAUGAUCGUCACUCAGGAUUCCGAGUCCUCGUAUGACAUUACACCAAUUUUGCGGCUGUUCGUCCAGCCUAUAGACUUGCUACCACCCCCUCCAGCGGAAUUGCGCGGGGAACAAGCUCUUUUACCGGAGUACGUGGAUCCCAUUGCCGGUAUCCCAAAGCUUGGGCGGCGAGGAGAGACCCUUUACGUCAGACCCGUUGAGCAUUUGGAGGAAUCCAAGGAUGCGUCACUGCUCGAACCGGACGACGGACUCUUUGAAGUUACGAGAUCAGCCCCUGACUUCGACAAUGCUCCCGAUCCCCCUGGCUCGUUUGCCAGUCGCAAGCGACGCAUUCAAGUUGAUGGUGAAAAGCUUGGCAAGUACAAAGAUGUCCGCGGCUUCAGGUUGCAUGCGGAGCGAGGCUGCACCUUCUGGAGGUUCAACGUCGAAGUCGAGCUUACCGACCAACAGCAGCGCAUUGCCUAUCGCAUCAAUCGAGGCCCAUCCACCGGCUUCUGGGUGCCUGCGCGAGGCCAAGCCAUGAAUGUCAUGUUCCACACCUGCAAUGGUUUCAGUCUCAGUGUGGAUUCGGACGAGCUUAGCGGGCCUGACCCAAUGUGGCGCGAUGUUCUUAACACGCAUCAAACGCAACCCUUUCACGUCAUGAUUGGAGGCGGAGACCAAAUCUACAAUGAUGCUGUAAUGAGAAAGACAACACUUUUCCAAGACUGGCUACACAUCAAGAACCCGCUUCACAAAAACAACGCACCCUUCACAGCAGAUAUGCAAGACGAACUGGAAGACUUCUACCUGGAGCGGUACUCAAUGUGGUUCUCGCAAGGCCUGUUCGGCCUGGCAAACUCUCAAAUACCCAUGGUAAACAUGUACGACGAUCACGACAUCAUCGACGGGUUCGGCUCGUAUCCUAAUCACUUUAUGAAGUCGCCCGUCUUCUCCGGCUUGGGCGCUGUCGCUUUCAAGUAUUAUAUGCUCUUCCAACAUCAAAGUUUGAUCGACGAAGGAGAACAAAAUGAGCAGAGUUGGGUCCUCGGAUGCUCGCCCGGGCCUUACAUUCAAGAGCUGAGCCGUAGCUUGUUCAUGUCUCUGGGCUCUGGGCUUGCACUGCUUGCCGUAGAUGCCCGUACUGAACGCACGCGGGAAGAGGUAGUGCGGGAAGACACGUGGAAGAAACUCAUAGAUCGUUGUUAUGCUGAGGUCGCCAAAGGCAAGACCAGACAUUUACUGGUUCUCCUUGGGGUUCCAAUUGCCUACCCUCGCUUGGUUUGGCUUGAAACUAUCUUGACUUCGAGGCUGAUGGACCCCGUGAAAGCCCUGGGGAAGGCUGGCCUUCUCGGCAAUCUCCUCAACCGGUUUGAUGGGGGCGUCGAGGUCCUUGAUGACCUAGACGAUCACUGGACGGCUAAGAAUCACAAGGACGAGCGGAAGUUUGUAAUGGAAGAUCUUCAAGAUCUCGCAGCAGACAAGUCGGUGCGCAUCACUAUUCUCAGCGGUGAUGUCCACUUGGCAGCUAUUGGACGAUUCUACUCCAACCCCAAACUAAACAUGGCCAAGCACAAAGACUUCCGCUAUAUGCCCAACAUCAUUUCGUCUGCUAUUGUUAACACGCCGCCUCCUGACCUGGUGGCAGAUGUUCUCAACAAGCGUAACAAGGUUCACCACUUCGACAAGGAGACGGACGAAGACAUGAUCCCGAUCUUCACCACUGGUGUUGACGGUAAGCCACGCAAUAACAAGCAUCUCCUCCCUCAUCGCAACUGGUGCUCGAUUCGCGAGUAUGUGCCUGGAAACACGCCACCGCCCACUCCGCCUCCAGAGGAUUCUGAAUAUGAGUCUGAACGGGCACGGCCCGUUAGUCGCGGUGGCUUGUUCCGGAGGCUUUCGCUUUCUAAGACUCGCGGGCCCUCAUACCGCCCAGACGUGCCUGAUGAAAAGGACCGUUCUCGUCCGCCAAUCACUGGGGGCCUUUUCCGUUCUUUCUCGAGGCGUGCUUCAUCGUCUGGCCUGGACAAUCGCCCCAGCGGUGGUAAUAAACUGACUCGAACGCUAUCACUUGGACGCGGGGAUAACUCCAAGCCGAAGUCAGGCUUCUCCAGUCGUGGAUCUUCCACCCGCCGCCCGAAAGAUGGUGGGAUCAACGGCGACUGGGGCUCCGACAGCGAGCAAGACAUCUACGAGGCUCCGCCCCAGCGACGCAUUCAACCAACCGCAUUCGAUCCUGCCGGGGUUAACGACAAACAGGCCAGGAUGGGUCUGCGCGGCGGCACCGGUGCUCCGAGAGAUCUUGAGUACACAAAGGGCGAUGACUCAUACUUCACAGCGCGACCCCCGCGGCGUGCGUUUACGCAACCUGCCCCGUCGGUGGAUCAAACCCCUGAUUCCGAAUACGCGAUGCCGCCAGCGCCAGCACCAGCGCCGAGGCCGUUCCACCGCACACCGACGGGAUUGUCUGUGAAGCAACUGAAGCGCGGCGCGCAGCAUUUCGAAGUAAACUUAGAAGGUGGGCUUGACAUCACGCUGAAUGUCGAAGUCAAUGCCAAGGACCCAGCGGGCAUCACAGUCCCGUACCGAUUAAUCGUGCCGAAACUCGAGUACGAGUACCUGGGCGAAGAUGGGGACUAUGGAGCGAAUGCAGGAGAAUUGGAAGACUAUGAUGUAAGGAAUGCCGACGCGGGCAUAGAAACACACCCGCGUGCCGAGGUGCAAGAGAGUGGGCUUAAGAGGCUUUUUAGUAAAAAGGGCAAGGACAAGGGUAGCCAGCAGCGAUGGAAUGGCGAUGAUCGGAAUGACGAAUACUAA